AUUUCAUCAUAUAUAUGAUUAUGAAUUAAACAUAGAAAUUGGCAUAUUAUCCAAAUUUGCUUGUAAGACGUUGUAUAAAUAUGGAUAGGGUUAAUCAGAGAGAGUGAUAUAGUAAAAUAUAGAGAAUAAAAGAGGUUUGGAAGAGUAUUUAGCUAUUUUAUAAGAAAGAGCAAACAUUGAAGAUCAAUAUGCAAAAGCAUUACAUAAAUUAUAGUAGUAGAUUGACAGAUCAAGGUAUUUAAAUUUUGUAUUGAAUUUUAUAGUAUAAGUUAUUUAAGGGAGUAAUUGGUAAAUUAGUUAAGAUAAAAAAUUGAGAGGUUGGAGAAUUUUGCAGAUUUGAUUAGAUCAGAGAUAAUUGAUUAGGUGAAAGAAAUCUUAUAGGAUUAAAAUUAAAUAUCAAAAAGAAUUAUUGAUGAGAUGAAAGGUCUUGAAUGGGAUUUAUAAGAUAAAUAGGAUGAUUUGUUGGGAGGAAAAUUAGAUUAUAAAUUAUAGGCUAGAGAAUUGGAGUAAUCUGGGAUUUAAGAUAUUAUAUAUUAAUAUAGUCUUGAUAUUUCAGAAGACAAAGCCACGAAAUAAGUAAUUAAGUAUAUAUUUAUAUAUAACAUUAUAAUAGAACUUAAUAAGUCUAAACAGAAUGCAUAAAAUUAGAAAAAGAAUUUGAGGUUAUAGUAUUAUCUUAUAAUGAAUUUAUUGAUGUAUAUAAAACAAAGAUGGAAAACUAUUUGACAUAAAUGGAAGAAUAAGAAUAAUAAAAGAUGUUAGUGCAAAAGGAUACUUUGAUGAAGCUUUUUUUAUUUGAAUCUUCUAUUUUUAAAUAGUCUUUAUAGGACAAUGAGAAAUUGAAUGAUUAAAUUAAAAAAACUAAUCUUUAAGAUAUAUUAGAGAAUUUCAUUAUGAAAUAUUAAAAACCUUAAGAAAUACCUAGAUAACUUGAAUUUAAACCUUAUAGUUCAUUUUUAGCAAAGACAAUUGAAAGUAUGAAAAGUUAGGAAUACUAAAGAUUAAAGGAUGUAAUUAAGGCACAUAAUGACACAUUUUACAAUAUUUAUGAUGAUUGUAUAAAGAAGAGUGUAUAAAAUUAAAUAAGUUUAAUAGAAUUUAUAAACUAUAGAAGAAUAAGAAUUAACCCAUUUGAUAAAUCGUAAUAGUGUAUAAGCACUUUAUAAGAUUAUGUAAAUUCAUAUUAAUUGUGUUUGGAAUGCAAAUGAAAUUUAAAAUAAUGAGACUAUUAUAGGAUUACUUAGAUAGAACACAUAGAAUAGAUUACUUUGGUGUUAAGCUUUGGAGAUAUAGGCGAAUAAAAGUAAUUUUAAGGUUCCAUCUAAUGAUGCUUAUGAUUAACUUGUUAAAUGGAGUUAAAAAAUGAUUAAUUUAGUAAAUUAAAAUUAAAUGUAGAGUGUUUAGAGUUUUGGGAUCCUUCACCUUUGAGAAAACUUAUAACAAUUAGUUCUAUUAUUCACAUAUCUAUUUAAAAUAAGAAACAUUUUUUGAUGUAUAACAUAAAAGAAAAUAAAUUGUUACAAACUGCAGAUUUUAUUGAAGCAGUUAUUGUUUAAAGUGUUUAUGAUGCUUUGGUUGAAGAAAUAAAGGAAGUAACCACUUAAGAAGAGAGAAUUAGAAAGUAACUUUUUAUAUUUUACCUUUUAGACAAAAGAUUAACAUCUUAACCUAAUUAUCAAAGGUCUGUUUCACUUUAUUAUAGUUCAAUCCUGUUAGUGUAAUUAAAUCUUAUGCUGAAAAUUAUUUAAGAUAUUUAUCUGUAGCUCAUGAUGCUACUGAUAAUUUAUUAUUUUAAAUUGAGAGUUUUGAGUAAUUUUGA